AGGCAGUGCUGUGGCCACGGCCUUUUCUCCAGCCUGGUACUUUCGUUUUCCUGCGCAGAGGCUGCCGAGAGGGCUACCUGCGCUAGGGGACGCGACGGUUCGACCCCAGACCUAGAAGAGGCGGUUCGGAGCUCUCGGAGAGGCAGCACCUACGCGUCUCCGCCGCUACAUCCUCAAAAACCCCUGUCCACCUCUUCCGGGCUUGGCUCGCAGAGAUGUCUCAGUGGUACGAGCUUCAGCAGCUUGACUCCAAAUUCCUAGAGCAGGUUCACCAGCUUUAUGAUGACAGUUUUCCCAUGGAAGUCAGACAGUACCUGGCCCAGUGGCUAGAAAAGCAAGACUGGGAGCAUGCUGCCAACGAUGUUUCAUUUGCUACCAUUCGUUUUCACGACCUGUUAUCACAGCUGGAUGAUCAGUAUAGCCGCUUUUCGUUGGAGAACAAUUUUUUGUUGCAGCAUAACAUACGGAAAAGCAAGCGCAAUCUUCAGGAUAAUUUUCAGGAAGACCCAAUACUGAUGUCUAUGAUCAUCUGUAACUGUCUGAAGGAGGAAAGGAAGAUCCUGGAAAAUGCUCAGAGAUUUAAUCAGGCUCAGUCAGGGAAUAUUCAGAGCACUGUGAUGUUAGACAAACAGAAGGAGCUUGACAGCAAAGUCAGAAAUGUGAAAGACAAAGUUAUGUGUAUAGAGCAUGAAAUCAAGACCCUAGAAGAUUUACAAGAUGAAUAUGACUUUAAAUGCAAAACCUUGCAGAACAGAGAACAUGAAACCAGCGGUGCGGCCAAGAAUGAACAGAAAGAAGAACAGAUGUUACUCCAGAAGAUGUAUUUAAUGCUUGACAAUAAGAGAAAGGAAGUGGUUCAUAAAAUAAUAGAAUUGUUAAAUGUCACUGAACUUACCCAGAAUGCCCUCAUUAAUGAUGAGCUUGUGGAAUGGAAGCGGAGACAGCAGAGUGCCUGUAUUGGGGGACCGCCCAACGCCUGCCUUGAUCAGCUGCAGAACUGGUUUACCAUAGUUGCAGAGAGUCUACAGCAGGCUCGUCAGCAGCUCAAAAAGCUUGAGGAGCUGGAACAGAAGUACACCUACGAGCAUGACCCCAUCACAAAAAACAAACAAGUGUUAUGGGACCGCACCUUCACUCUGUUCCAGCAGCUCAUUCAGAGCUCGUUUGUGGUGGAGAGACAACCUUGCAUGCCAACUCACCCACAGAGGCCACUGGUCCUGAAGACUGGGGUCCAGUUCACUGUGAAGUUGAGACUGCUGGUGAAAUUACAGGAGCUGAAUUAUAAUUUAACAGUCAAAGUCUUGUUUGACAAAGAUGUGAAUGAGAGAAACACAGUAAAGGGAUUUAGAAAAUUCAACAUCUUGGGCACACAUAAGAAAGUGAUGAACAUGGAGGAAUCCACCAAUGGAAGUCUGGCAGCAGAAUUUCGACACCUGCAACUGAAAGAACAGAAAAACGCUGGCACCAGAACUAAUGAGGGCCCUCUCAUCGUUACUGAAGAGCUUCAUUCCUUUAGCUUUGAAACCCAGUUGUGCCAGCCGGGCUUGGUAAUUGACCUUGAGACGACCUCUCUGCCUGUUGUGGUGAUCUCCAACGUCAGCCAGCUCCCAAGUGGUUGGGCCUCCAUCCUGUGGUACAACAUGCUGGUGGCAGAACCCAGGAAUCUGUCCUUCUUCCUGAACCCACCAUGUGCCCAAUGGGCGCAGCUUUCAGAGGUGCUGAGUUGGCAGUUUUCUUCUGUCACCAAAAGAGGUCUCAGUGUGGACCAGCUGAACAUGUUGGGAGAGAAGCUUCUUGGUCCUAAUGCUGGUCCCGAUGGUCUUAUUCCGUGGACGAGGUUUUGUAAGGAAAAUAUCAAUGAUAAAAAUUUCCCGUUCUGGCUUUGGAUUGAAAGCAUCCUUGAACUCAUUAAAAAACACCUGCUUUCUCUCUGGAAUGAUGGGUGUAUCGUGGGCUUCAUCAGCAAGGAACGAGAACGCGCCCUGCUGAAGGACCAGCAGCCUGGGACGUUCCUGCUACGGUUUAGCGAGAGCUGCCGGGAAGGGGCCAUCACGUUCACAUGGGUGGAGCGGUCCCAGAACGGAGGCGAACCCUGUUUCCAUGCAGUUGAACCCUACACAAAGAAAGAACUUUCUGCCGUUACUUUCCCUGAUAUCAUUCGCAAUUACAAAGUCAUGGCUGCCGAGAAUAUUCCAGAGAAUCCCCUGAAGUAUUUGUAUCCAAAUAUUGAUAAAGACCAUGCGCUUGGAAAGUAUUACUCCAGGCCAAAGGAAGCACCAGAACCGAUGGAACUCGAUGGUCCUAGAGGAACUGGAUACAUCAAGACCGAGUUGAUUUCUGUGUCUGAAGUUCACCCUUCUAGACUUCAGACUACGGAAAACCUUCUCCCCAUGUCUCCUGAGGAGUUUGAUGAGGUGUCGCGGAUAGUGGGGUCUGUAGAAUUCGACACUAUGAUGAACGCAGUAUAGAGCAUGGAUUUUUCUCAUCUUCUCUGGAGACAUUGUUCCCUUUCGUCUGUGAUUCCCUCCUGCUACUAUUUCUUCACAUCCUAUGUUUCUAGGGAAAUGAAAGAAAGGCCAACAAAUAUGCUGCAACUUUUUGAUAGCAAGUGGAUUUUCCCUCAGUCAGAAACGUCUGUUGUUCUGAAGGGCUUCCUGAAUCUUAUUGAAGGUAAAAUUUAAAGACACUCCCCCACAGAGUGGGUUUUGCAAAUGGAAAACAUCCAGAUAGACUCAGAGCAUCAGGACUAGCAUGAGAGUCUUUGGAAGAGGCGAGAAAUUUAGCAACCUCUAACAAAUGCUGUGCAGUAAGUCGGCACCCAGCUGUUACAGGUUGUUGGAUAGAUCACACGGUUACUUAGGCCAUUUCUUGAUGUAGAAGUGGUACGUUUCUAUUCUGAAGAAUUUUUACUUUAUGGAAUCAAAUUGUUCUCAUAAAUAUGGCUGGAGGUUUUCCAGUGGUGUACCUGUAAAAGAGUUCAAAGCCAAGUGUGUAUAAAACUAUACACACUGUUUAUCAAAGAUACCCCAAAUCUGGGCAGAAGGAAGAAGCUUGUGUUCUUUAUUUUAUUGCAUCUUCUACAAAUUUUAUCUCUCUUGGGAGAAUUAGCUUUGUUGGGAGAAUUAUGUUUGUUACGGAUAUAAGAUACUGAUUUAGUAUCAAUAGAAGGAAGUUCAUUUUCCAAAUUCAUGAGUAGUGUUUCUAUUUAAACUUUAAUACCCAAAGCUGAGUAUAUUCUGUCUUCAUCAUGGUCACUAGUAAAGGAAAUUGUCUUUGCAGUUCUGUCAAGAGAGCCAGGCCAUUAACUACAUUAAAUAUUAAACGUUAAAUAAGACAAAACACAUUAUUUUUCAAAAAGCUAAAAUUAGUAAUAAGAACUCAUUGCUAUAGAGUUGAUUGGUAGUACAGUGGUUAAGCGCUCAGCUACUAACCGAAAUGUUGGUGAUUUGAACCCACCGGCUGCUCCGCAAAAGAAAGAUGUGGCAGUGGGCUUCCAUAAAGUUUAUAGCCUUGGGAACCUUAUAGGGCAGUCCUACUCUGUCCUAUAGCGUAGUUAUGAGUCAGAAAAUUAAUAAGAGAUGCAGAUAAACUCAGAGAUUUAAUUCAUGAUUUCUAAAUGGAUUGGUCUUUGUUGUUAUUAGCUGGUAUUUAAUCUGUUGGAGCCCUGGUGGUGCAGUGGUUAAUAGCUCGACUGCUAACCAGGUCGGCAGUUUGAACGUACCAGCUACUGUACGGGAGAAAGAUGUGGCAAUCUGCUUCCAUAAAGAUUUACAGUCUUAGAAAUCCUGUGGGACAAUUCUGCUGUGUCCUGUAGGGUCGCUGUGAGUCAGAAUUGACUCCAUCAAAUUGGGUUUGGUUUUAGCCAUAAAAUAAAAUUUUGUUAUUUUGAAAUUCAGAAGAAAAAAUAGUAACUGACAACCCAAAUCAUUAACCAGAGAUAAUAUGCAAAUCAAAUAAUUUUUAAAUUUACGUCCUAUGUAAUGCAUAUUUUUCACUGAUAAAUGUGUUUUUCUCAGAAAUGCAUUUGCAAGUGGUCCCAUUAUCUCUCCUGUGUGCUUUCCAGAUACUUUUUUAAAUGGAUGUCAAGUUUAUUGUGUUACUUACCUUCUUCCUUCAUUAACACUGACACAGAAAACUGGUUUGGAGGGUGGGUUUGACAGGGUUCUCCCAGAUGACUUCACAGACUGUCUUCUGUGUGGCUGCAUCUUGUUUUUCCACUAUCACCACCACAACUGUGCUAUAAUGUGUAUGCUGUAUUUUUCUUGAGUGGCGAUAAAGUGUUCUUUGAAUCUGUUUUAAAAUUAAAGCCGAAGUGUAUGUGUUGCAUUAAAUGUAAUAUGCAUGUGGUACUUUCCUUGUUUCUGUACACAAAUUGAAGCCUCCUCUCAGUUUUAUGUAAAAGGACAUGAAUCCUACAGGUUUUGGGUUGGCUUUUUAAAUUGAAGUGAUGAAGAAACAGAAGAUAACAUUUAAAAAUAUGUAUUGUUUCUGAUGGCUGGUAUUUAACUGUUUGUUAUAUUUUUGCCCUUUGAGAAAGACUGAUAAGGUUUUAUUUUACUACACUAGCCAAGAGACUUUAAGAAGUGUUAAAAUUCCAGUGUUAAUCUCUUGUUUGGUGUAAAGAUUUUGAAAGUUACUGGCAUCAUCUAUAGGUUUAAUGUUUUUCUCAUUUGUUCUCAUGAGUAAAUGUGGAAAUCUAUCAGUCCUCAUUUAAAAAGAUGAAUAAUACCAUUUUCCUAUGUUUUGCCCUUUCCUCCCCUGCUUGUCAUCAGAACUGCUAUACUAGACUGAAAAACACCAAUGGAAGACAUCAUACUCAUAGCGACCCUAUAGAACAGAGUAGAACUGCCCCAUAGAGUUUCUAAGGAGUGCCUGGCAGAUUCAAACUGCCAGCCCUUUGGUUAGCAGCCAUAGCACUUAACCACUACGCCACCAGGGUUUCCAGGAAGACAUCAUAGGAGACACAUUAUCGGAACAAGGUAUAAGGGGUGCCAUACAAAGUAAACCAAAAAAGGACUUUGGUCUUGCUGACCACAGUUACCUGCAAAUGCGCAAAUAAUUUGGUGCUUGCUUUGAAACUAAUGUAGAUACUGCCAAUAUAAUCUUCUUUUUCUUUUAAGUAUCUGUAAAGUGGGACUCUGUCUUGUCUCCAAAGCAGUUAUCUGAAAUCUGUACUCCAUGAUUGGAUGAGUCGUUACAGAGAAGUUAUUGCACUCACACAAAAGAGGUGCUGUUUUUCUCCAAUGAUGUCAUAAGUUAGAAAGCUGUGCCCUUCUUAAAGUAAAAAGCACUAGUAUCGGCUUGAAUUCUGAUGUCAUAACAAAUACCAUCAUUUUCAUCUCCGUAUCUGCAGUGUCUGCAUCUAGGGAACAUAAAGUUUCUUUAUAGUGAACACUGAUAGCUAUAGUUCUCCAGAAAGUAAAGUGUAUCAUACAUUAGAUUCUUACAUAAUUGAUCCAUAUAAGAAGUAACUGAAUAGAUCCUGGCUUAGGAAUGCUUGCGCAUUUUAAGAGUAUUUCUGGUAUGGUUUGUAGGGUGUUUUCUAAGCAUAGAGUUUAUAUGUACCUCUUGGGACGAAUCUCUCCUUACUAAGGAGAGAGAGUUUUCUGCGGUGGCAUUAAGUGAGCAAAAUGUAUUGCCUAUAAACUAAAAUGAAAUAUGGGACAAGUCUUAAUGAACAAAGCAGUCCUGCUGUUACAUCCAGCUACUCCAGAGAAAGGGUAGGAAAAUGCUAGAAAUUGUUUUGGAAACUCUUGGACCUCCCUUUGAACUGGGAUGUUGUUCCCAAAGUAAGGGAUAUUUCCUUGAGUGGCUUCUUUUAAGAUUCAUUCUUUCAUUCCCUCAUCAUGCAUAUUGAGCACAUGCUGUGAGCCCCUGGUCUAGAUGUUUGGGAAACACUGGUAGACAAAAAUAAACAAAGAUCCCUGCUCUCAUGGAACUUACGUUCUAGUAAGAUGUUCUGAGAUAGUGGAUAUAUUCUGGUGCAGUACCUUACUUAUUAAAACUUAAAGACUUUGUAAAGUGUGCAUAGCCAAAAGCUAUAGAUAAUUUAAUUAGUACACAAUUUCAAAAAAAUGGCCCUUAAACCAGUUUUAGAAAGACUAAAGGUAAUAUUGUUUUUAGAGCCUUCUAAGACUAUAUAGUUCCUAAAUGGUAUUGACUCAAUAAAUUCAGCUUCCGAGUUUUGGUGAACUAACUUAGGGUUAUGUGUUUGCUAUAAUCGUUGAGAAAUUAAGCACUUUACUUGCCUAAUUGGGAAGAAAAAAGCCCAUACUUAAGCAGUUUUAAACUUUGCAAAUUUAUAUUGCGUAUAGGUACCUAGAAGGUAGAAAGCUGUCACAUACAUAUUAUCAAACUACAAAUUCUUCUCUAAUACUCCAUUAAUGGUAUUAUACUACUUUAAUACCUGGUUGUUGGUAUCUGUUUUCACCCUUUCUCUUUUUCUUGUACGUGUAUGAAGCAGUUUUGAUAUGCUUUUGCUGUUACAACUGCUUGUCUGGUUCACCUUCCAGCAGGCUCUUUAUUGACUUUGGAGGGGCAGGGAGGGAGCCACAGGGAUGGGACACACAGCGCCUGAAGUCAGGUUACGGCUGUGCCAUUAGCCUUCAGAAUAGAAAUAAACUAAUCUUUGCCUUUAAUGCUCUCUACGCAGUUGUUUUACUUAUCUCAUUCUUUUUUUUACAAUGGCUUUAAUUUUCUAAUCCUUCUCAUCUGAGAACACACGUAUCUUCUCUAGUAAAUCACAUCCUUUCCAUAUUUAACUGUAAGAAUCCCCCUUUCCCAAAACGCCUUUUUAAGUGCUGCCUGACACACUUGUGGACUGCUUCCCCACACUGGCUGGUUGAUGAUUUAUGAAUUUAUUCAUUUUACUGUAAGAAUUAGCAAGUGAAAUGAGGAAAAUUAUUCCACUCCCUUAAAAAAGUCCCCCCAAAAUAGAACGAUCAAGUCAUAUCCAGAAUAAAUAUGACUUCAUUUUUCACUCCUUGGGAUUAUUCAUGAGUUUGUUUCCCCUGCACUGAGGUUGUACUUUAUCUGUGGGUGUAUGUAUGUGCAGCUGAAGUUGACUGUAUAUUGUAGCAUUUACAUCUCUUUGAAACCCUGCAGAGGCAAGGUCUUAGCUAAUGGGCAUGUAGCCAGAUAACGCAUCCAUGGGGGGCACAGGAUGUUGCAGACGUGGGUAAAGAGCAUGUUCUGUAUCGCAGCCUACUCUUGGGUCUGAGCUGCAUCUAUAAAAAUGAAUGGGAUUAGAUUAAAGAAUUUCUAAGGUUUCUUCCAGUUCUAAAAUGUCAGUAGUACAGAUGGCCUAACGCUAGACUUCUAUAGCAAAGCGAAUUACUUUGUGACAGACCAGUUUUGAUGGAUGAAAAUGGAACAGCCAUGGUUUUUAGGGACCUCAUCGAUGUUAGAAAACUGCACACUAACCCUAAACCUGAAAUGAAAGAGUGCUGAGUGUGCCGGAACCAGGGAUUUCCUGUACUGGAAAUGAAUACCAUUCCCGCACAUAAAUGAAGCAGGUGGGAGCUGAGGUUUGCCAGCUGUUCCAGCUCAGAUCCUAGUGUGGCAGCAUUAAGUCCUCUCUCCAGACAGACCUCCAGGCUUUGUGAAUAUAACCUUUCCUCUCACGAAGGAGUUAGAACCACUCCUGUAGAAGGAAGGGCAUGUUUAAUGAUUCAGUUCAGCAUUAACUGAGCACUUCCUAACCAUUAGAGGGUAGUAUUAGCUUCUUGGGGCCUAGAAGUGUGCCUGCCCAUCCUCUCCUCUUCAAGGGUGAACUCCUUACAGGAUUCUUGUCUUACCAUUGUGGCACCUCCACUUGACACCUCACGUGGUACUUGGCUUAUAGCAGGCAUUAGAAAUGGUUUCUUGAUUUGAGCCAACUAGACAUGGCCCAUGGGGUUCCCAUCCCACUGACGUAGGAGAAAACCUUAGCUAUAUUAAGAAAAUUAACUUCUCACACAGUUUUUUGAUACAUGUGUUUAUUUUGCUGUAAAAAGCAAUACUACCUGAUUUCAUUUAAAAUAAAUAUUUCCCAAUUUCAGAAUACUUACAACUUACAGUUUUAAGAUUAGAUUCACUUACGGGAGGUUCUGGAAGCAAAUACAUUCAUAGCUGUGUAAUCCCCAGGAAGAACCUAAAUCCAACAUCAUUCAGUCACUGCCAGGCAGACAACAGUGUCAAAUGGUUGACUGCUCACCAAGCUCUGCAGCUAAAGGGCAGUGUGGGGGGUUGGGGGGGUACAGCAUGUCACACUCAGAGAUGAGUUCAUUAGAACCAAGACCGCAAAAACAAAAGUGUAUUCAAAGCUUUAUAUUGACCUGACCAUAUCGAGUUCUCGUGAUACGUAACAAGCACACGUGAUCCUACAACCCAAACAGAAACAUCUUUGGAGUGCUGUUACAUUGAUGGCAGCAGUUACCAGUCCAGUCAACAAGCACUUAAACAAAAUGCACUCACUAUUACCAGCCAACAGCAAGCAGCCAGAGCAGAAACCAGUAUACAGUCAUAAAAUAACAGGGGUAAAUCAGGACACAUUUAGCUAAACCACAAAGAAUUUAAAAAACAGGUUUGAUCUGAGAAGAAAGUGAAAAUUCUCCUUGUUCCCAAAGAAUAGUUAGAACCUCUUUUCAUUAAAGUCUCCUAUCAGUGGUAAUCGCCAAGUCACACAAGUAAACUGUCUUAAUUUUCCAUCACACAAGGAAGCUGCUGUUGGAGCAAAGUUAUUUCAGUUGUUUUCAAUUAAAAAUAUAUCUUUGAUAAUAUCUUUGGGAAGGAACUUAUGUCCCAUGCCUCCUCUCUGCAUGGCUUGAUCUGUGGGGCAGGAAAGCAGCAACAGAGCUGGUUGCCUUACCCUCUGCCCUCCCCACAGAACUGAGCAAGAACGGGCUUCUUGCCUGGUACGGUUCAGUGAAAGAACAUUGGCCAUGUUUCACCAAAGGAGCUACUGUCUAGGUACGGGGCGGGAGAUGAUCCGAGCCACUGACUUAGAUUGGAAGUAAAAAUCCAAACCCCUGCAGGCUGGCUGGAGUAUAUGAGAUGCCACUGGGCAUGAUAAUGCUUGGGAGCAGCAGUGUGUGCUGACAGAGAAAAAAUAAUGAGGACAUUUCUAUAACAACGUUGUAAUGACUAGCAUUCAUAUAGUUGAGAAUCCUAUUUAUUUCACUUUUAACACAGCUUCAAAGAAGUCCAUUUGUGCGAGUGUACGUAUGUGUGCUUAAUAGCUGAAAUCCUCAUUAACAUACCUCCGUCUCUGAGGUAUGACAGGAUUAAAGUGUAAGUGUAAUUCCUAGCAAUUCUGUUCUUUCAUUGUUGGAGUCCCUUUUACCUCCUUUCCAAAUUAAUCACGCACAAAGAAGUGAUGGCCUCAAAUUUAAAAUGAAACGGCCUCUUCUUAGUAUUGAAUUUAGAGCCCACCAAAAAUGACACAAUAGAGAAUCAGAAGAAGACUGGAGUGAUCUAGUGGUCCCCCCAAAGAGAACAAAUACCUUGAUACAGACUUUUCAUGACUGAUUGAAAAACAAAUAUUAUUGGUAGCAGUUCCCAUACUAUCAGAAUAACUUUGGUAGCUUAGAGCAUUUCUCAUUUUAUUCUAGAGCUGAAAAAUACCUGCUUAAAGUAGCAUAUCCUUUCACCGUUAAGACCGAUGCAUUUGACUCAUUUGUACUUUGCUUAGUAAUUUCUCUCUGCUGCAUCUUAUGUAGACAAAUGGUGCACUUACAGCUCUGAUGCCAGAGACAUGAGGCAUUUUCUGACUUAACUGUGGGAAACAUGAAACUGCAUAGUAUGCCAGCUCCCACUUUCCCAGCUAAAGGGAAGAGGCAAGUAGCUAAAUGUCUGGGAAGAGAGGCUGGACUAAGGGAAUAUAGAAAAAGGAAAAAUUUUCAAAAGUAUUAUAACUACAUUCACACGUGUUUUGGUCGCCAAACAUAUCUUAAACAGAUUCCCUGAUAGUCUAAUCACAACUGGUCUAUCCUAUUAACAGUUGUUAACUAAUAUAGUCUUUAAAGAGUCACAUCAUAAAGCUAGGGUGAUAGGCAUUUUACACACACAACCCUAAGUGUGUAUAGUUGUUCAAACACUCAACCUAAAUCUAUAUUUGAAGUCUUGAAAAAUCACACUAUUUGCUUCUGAAGGCAGCCUUGAUCCAUUUGGACAGACUGAACAACUGAACUUAAUUUAUAAAUGGGUAUCAGCAAACAUCACUGCAAAUUGAAAAUUCACAAAACACACACAGAAUCAUGAAGACCGCACAGUUAAGCUAGCAUUGGUAACUAUUUCUUUUACAUCAAAUUGUACAAUGCUACAAGGUAAAUAUUGCUCACAUUAUGGAGGGAGAUUGUUUUAUUUCUGUUUUUUUCCAAAGAGAUCAAAUUUGUCCUGUGCGUAACAGUGUGAAGAAAACACCAGUAACACUGAAAUGACAAAUGUUGUAAAAUAUACAUUGCUACCAGAUAGAAAUACACACAUUCAUUUCUUCAUAAUCAUUUUCCACAAUUAAAUAGGUAAGUGAUUUAAAUCUUGGGAUUAAGACCGUUACAACAAUCCAUCAAGAUUCUUAUGGACGGUUUGAUUUUCCUUUCCAUUGUCAGAAUCUCCUUGAGGUGUGUACUGGACUUGGUAUUCCUGGAGGAUUUUAAAUACAUCAUGGUGUCCAAAGUGCAGUGCUUCAUCCAUAGGAGUGUUAUUCCACCUAAGCAAGCAGCACAAUAUGGAUUGAGUCAUUAGAUAAUUUCUGGACAAAGAAGAUAAUCAAGCAUCUAUAGAUUUUAAAUGAAGUUUAAAUGUACAUUCAAACUGUACGCCUUUUAGCAAUAUUACAAAUAAAAUUAACUGUAGAAAGAGAUUAUUCAAAAAGUGGUCUCAGAGACAAGCUGGGAGAUGGUGAGAAAGAAAAAAAAUCUACAGAAGGAUCUUGUUUACAUGUCUAAAUGCUCCUGGAGAGUACAUUUGUAAGGGAAGCUCUAGUGUUGACAGAUGACUCUAGCAUUCUUAAUUUCAUGAACAGCCCUCAGUCUCUCUUUUUAAGUAAAAUGUUCAAUGAAAGUUUAGGUAUAUAACAUCCAUCAACCGAACCUUUGACAAAAAAUUUGUGUUCCUGUCAGUUGAAAAUCAUAAUCUCAGAAGUCUAGAGAUAACCAUGACCUCACUGGGGCUGAAACAUAACACUGGAGGAACAAGAUCUGCCACAGAGGAACUGAUGUUUUAAUCAUCCAGUAAAGGACUAGAAGCCAUGGGCUCAGCUGGACCACUGCACAACCAGAGAAAGGCUACCCUUUCCAUACACUGAUUAAAAUUCAACUUCUACAAAGCCGUUGAAGACUGAUUCCACCCAAAUCCAGGAAUUCGAGCAAACUCCAAUAUACUCAUUUCAGAGUUCGGUAACAGUAAUUUUCUUACACAUUUUUUAUAUGCUCCUGUAAGUGUUAAUCUUGUCUACCCCAUAUGGUUAAAAAAUCCAUGAGGACAAAAUUCCUAUUUUCUCUUUACAAGCACAAAGCAUUGUUUUCUUCAUACAGUGUACUGACUGACUGUCAAACUGACCUGCAGAAUUCUAAAUAAGAGGCCAUUCUUGGAUAAGAAAUAGGAUAUAAAAGAGAAUGACUUACCCAGCAGAAACAAGGUUUGUUGCCUUUGUUAAGUCAUCAUAACAACUUCAAGAAUGCCUCUGAUAUACACAUGAUAAAUUUAAAUAUACCAUCACUUGAAUAUUAUAACUCUAUAAUAAAAUAGUGACUUGGCAAUUACAUGUUAGAAGGUAAUGUAAGUACUCACCUAUCCUUGGGGAAGGGAUUUACUUUGCAGGCUUCCAGCAAAAAUUUAACAACCUCGACAUGACCUAAUUCAAAACAAAAACAAAACAGAUUUUAGUCUUGAGUAGAAAUUAAGUCUGGGGAAAAGGGAAAAAAAAAAAAAAAUGGAUGAGUGGUAGUGUUCCCA